UAGACAGGGCACCAAUGACGCGCCAAUGAGGAGCGAGGAGGAUGCAGAAAUAAAUUUAGACGAACAUGUACGGGUCGGUCGCCGCGCCAAAGCCCCGUGCGGCUGCGUCCACGGCGUGGAUCGGCCUGCCCUUCCAAGUCGCCUCGUACCGCGUGCUAUUGUACCUUGUGCUCAAUAUGCUCCUCGCUAUCCUCAGUGCGGCGCUCGUGCUCACGUUCGGCCUGGUUUCGCUCCUCCUCUGCACCGACGCCCCCGUCGUCCAGACAACGCACUGGAUGGCGCUGCUCGAGGUCGAGCUGUACAACCGCCUCGUCGACAGUACGGCGAUCCACGACCACGGCGUCUUUCACCAGUCGUCGUCCAAGCGCAUUUUUGUGCAUUUCGAGCUCGGCAGCGGCACAGCCACGUCAUCAAUGGAAGGGUUUCGCAUGACGCACGCCGUCUCGAGGGCGAUGCUCGCCUACUUUGGCGGCGGAAAGCUUCUGGUCGCCGCCACCGCGCUCGUGUCGCCGGGGACAUUGCUGCUCGCGGGUGGCUACUCCCUUGCGUCGAUCGCCUACGUGCCGCUUCUCGAGCCGUUGCUCUUGCGGCUCGGCGCCGGCCUCGUCUUUGUAUACCUCGGGAGCUUUGCGCUCCACGCGACGGCCGAGUGGACGCUGGGCCUCACGCGAUCUCUCUGCAGCGAGCCGUUUGCGAGCUACGAGUACCUGCACGGGAUCCUCCCGCACGCUUAAGAACGAGUCAAAUCAUUGGUGUGGAGAA